AUGGCGCCAUCAUACGAGGCCAUCUCAUACGCCUGGGGCCCCGCCGAAGAGUGUGGAGACAUCCUAUGCCACGAUAGAAGACUGCGCAUCCCCUGGAACCUGGAACAUGGCCUCAGGAAGUUCCGUCGACUAAGAAAGAAGCGAAUCCUAUGGGCCGACUCGGUAUGCAUCAAUCAAGACGACCCUACAGAACAGGGUCACCAAGUGCAAAACAUGUCAAAAGUAUAUGAAAGGGCCAGAAGAGUACUCGUCUGGCUGGGCCUCGACGAGAGUUGGAACGCUACUGCGUUAUUCCAAUUCAUUCGUGCAUCGGAGCGUCUUCUUCCACUACCGGGCCAAUCCAAUAUCGAUUUCGACCAUCAGAUCCUAGCAUAUGGUGAGAGAUACUGGCUCUGUAUCAAUCGCCUCGACCGUUCAGGCUGGUUCGACCGUCUCUGGGUCAUCCAAGAGGUCGGCCUUGCAUCAGUUGCCAUCUUACACUUCGGAUCGGCUUCUUUGGAGUGGGAAGUAUUCUCCUCGUUUUGCUGGUAUUUGACGGACUUUCUGGACGAUAACAACUUGCGUUGGCCAUUUCCCUUGUCCAGUGUCAUUCUUUUAUGUCUCACCAACUUUCGAAACCCCAGCAAAAGUAUUCUUGAUAUUUUGGACAUCGGUACAAAUAAACUCUGUUCUGACAGCAGGGAUCGAGUAUAUGCUUUUCUCGGGCAUAGAGCCUUGCAAGAUAGCCUAUCGAACCCAUCUUCCGAGCUCUAUCUUCCCGUCGACUAUGAAGUCCCCCCCUCGGAACUCUACAGGUCCGUCGCCGUGCGAAUACUGCAGUCGGAAGGCUACUCAUCUCUUGACCUUCUGAAUUUUGUCGAGCAUGGUACAGAGUCUAUCCUAGACCUCGAGGCCAGCUCGUGGGUUCCGCGAUGGGACUAUAGUGUUUCACAUUCCUACAGAUACAGUCGUUUCGCAUCGCAUGGGCAGACUACCGCAAAAGUUUGCUACGAUGGACGAAGGUUAGAUGUGGAGGGGUUCAUCCAUGAUUCCGUUGUGUGGACUUCCGACAUGCUCCACGGUGAUCAUUUUCCAGAGGAGCCCACCGAAGCGUUCGACUGCGCCUACCCACAUCCGUUCAGCCAAACUUGGAAUCUUCUCCGCAAAAUUGGUGGCGAACAAUCACGCAGUCUAUUGGAGGCAAUGUGUUUGUCAUUGGGCUACAUCGGAAUGGAAUCCGAGGACUCUCGAUUCCUAGGCGGUGCAGUGGCAUAUGCCGAUGCAAUGAGGUUGGACGUUUCGGGUUUAGAGGAUUUGAUUUCCCAUGAAGAGAUAGGAUACUUUCGGUAUUGGAUGGAACCUUACGAUCAUCGUUUCUUCACUACUUCGCGCGGUUGGAUAGGAGUGGGGCCAGAAGUUACUCGGCCUGGGCAUGAUGUUUGUAUUCUCUUCGGGGCUAAACCCCCAUUCAUUGUUUGGCAACUUCCGUCUGCAGGUGAGCAUUUGUACAGACUGUGUGGUCCUUGCUAUGUUCACGGUAUCAUGAACGGGGAGGCGAUCGAAAUGUUGGAAAGGGGAGAAUGCGAGAGGACGACCUUCCACUUCAUCUGA